AUGUCGUGUGAUACCCUCACGUGGUUGCUGACCCAGAACAACUCGUCCUUCCUCUUGAAGCGCAAUGGCUCGGAGUUUGCGCGCGAGAAGUUCAAUUUACUGAACCGCAACUGCCGCAAGUACUCGGGCUUGGCGGCGACUAGGGCUGUGGACCUGUCGCUUGCAGACAAGAAAGUGAUGCUCACUACCAAGAUUGAAAGGGCGUACAAGAAGCCCGUGAAGGCCGAGAAUGUCGUGCCUCUUCGUAAAGGUGCUCGUGGUGGAGCGAACACCAUCCGCGCCAACAUUUCGCGCAACUUUUACCGUCGCGAUCUGAAGAAAGCGGCGUUGGCCAAGUGGUCGCGUCUGUCCACGGUCGCCAAGGUUGAGAAGGGUGUUCUCCAGAAGAAGGCUAUCCGUAGCCGUCGCAUCAAGGCGUAA